AUGAAGAAUCUCAGCCAGCAACAACAAAACUGUUUAAAUAUCCCCGCAUCUCCAAUUCAUAAAAAACGUUGUCGGUCGAGUUGUGGACAUGUGAGAAAUUUUAAGUUUGACUUUUAUGACGGUAGCAUUUUCCACAACAGUUUUCAUGUUAUCCUUCGCCCAACCGCAGAUUUACAAACUUUAUAUCAACAAAACUCUUGGAUAAGCUUCAGGCGAUGGUUAAUACCUUUAGCAGCAUAA